CUGGGUAGCAUCCAAGACUUCAAGCCUCAGACCUAAGGUUGUGCCUGCAUGAUGGGCCUCUGGGAGGAGUGGCCCAGACCCCAGCCCAGCACGUGGCACCACCCCAGGAGCAGCCAAAGCCUGGCUUCGGGCCGAGGACCCUGCUGGGUGGUCCUUCACGGGCUGCAAGGCUGAGCUGCCCCCUCCCGUCAGCGCAUUCCUAGCUCUCCAGCCCCUCCCCCGGCUCUAGGGCCUCCCAGCCCCCUCCCGCGCUGGCCCAGCCUGUGUCUGAAUCUGCUUCUGAUUCUGGCUGUCGGGACAAGGCCCCCUCCCCUCCUUCCUUCCCGAGCAGCUCCGCCCCUGGCUAGGACCAGGCUCGCGCCUGCUGAGCCCCCCACCCUCUUCUGGCACAGCUCCCCUACCCUCGCAGCAGCCAGGAGGAGGCGGCAGCUCCGGCGCCCCAGGCCCCGCCCGCCCAGGGCCCUUCCCGGGAGGCCGGGAGACCUGCUCCUCCUGGCCCUCGGUGGGUGAGUGCUGGCGGCCGGCGGCGGGUGGGGCCUCCGCGGGCAGAGGCACCGGGAGCGGGGGCGACGCCUGUCAACGCUCCAGGCCUAGCAGGAGGACUCGCCAACAUCCCUGCUGCUGUGCUCGGCCCCGGGCGUGCCGGUGGCUGCUCCCACUUCUGGGCCUGUGCUGGGGCCGCCCGGGGGUUCUGUUAUCUUGGCACUGCAGACGGGGCAGGCAGAGUCUCGGACUAGGCUCUCUCCCCUCGAGGGCAGAAUCCUUGGGCGGAAGCUGGCUGGUUAACCUACAGCGGCCACGGCCAUGCCCAUCUGGCCCUGGGGGCUGCUGCUGACCGCGGGCACGCUCUCCGUUGCCCUGAGCCCAGGGCUGCCGGCCACCGCCGACCCCUGCUAUGAUGAGGCGGGUGAGCCCCGCUGUUGUAUUCCUGGCCUAGUGAAUGCUGCUCUGGGUCGAGAGGUGCUAGCGUCCAGCACGUGUGAGAGGCCGGCCAAUCGGGUCUGUGAUUCCUCGGACCCGCAGCGGGCACACUCUGCAGACCUCCUGACCUCUGCUCCGGGCACCGCAAGUCCUCUCUGUUGGCGCUCCGAUUUGCUGCAACGGGCACCCUUCAACGUAACCCUCACGGUGCCCCUGGGGAAAGCUUUUGAGCUGGUCUUCGUGAGCCUGCGCUUCUGCUCAGCUCCCCCAACCUCCGUGGCCCUGCUUAAGUCACAGGACCAUGGCCGCAGCUGGGUUCCCCUGGGCUUCUUCUCCUCCAGCUGUAGCCUGGACUACGGCCGUCUGCCUGCUCCUGCUCAUGGCCCUGCUGGUCCAGGGCCAGAAGCUCUCUGUUUCCCAGCCCCCCAGGCCCAGGCUGACGGUGGAGGCCUUCUGGCCUUCAGUGUGCAGGAUGGCAGCCCGCAGGGCCUGGAUCUGGACAACAGCCCUGUGCUCCAAGACUGGGUGACGGCCACAGAUAUUCGUAUAUUACUCACAAGGCCUGCCAUGCAGGGGAACACCAGAGACGGUGGGGUCACAGUCCCCUACUCCUACUCAGCCACUGAGCUCCAGGUGGGAGGUCGAUGCAAGUGCAAUGGGCAUGCCUCGCGGUGUCUGCUGGACACCCAAGGCCACCUGGUCUGCGACUGCCAACAUGGUACAGAAGGCCCUGAUUGCAGCCGCUGCAAGCCUUUCUACUGCGACAGGCCAUGGCAGCGGGCAUCAGGACAGGAAGCUCAUGCUUGCCUUGCUUGCUCCUGCAAUGGCCAUGCCCGAAGAUGCCGCUUCAACAUGGAGCUGUACCGACUGUCCGGCCGCCGAAGUGGGGGUGUGUGCCUCAAUUGCCGGCACAAUACUGCCGGUCGCCACUGCCACUACUGCCGGGAGGGCUUCUAUCGUGACCCAGGCCGUGUCCUGAGUGACCGUCGUGCUUGCAGAGCUUGUGACUGCCAUCCAGUUGGUGCUGCGGGCAAAACCUGUAACCAGACCACAGGCCAGUGUCCAUGCAAGGAUGGUGUCACCGGCCUCACCUGUAACCGCUGUGCCCCAGGCUUCCAGCAGAGCCGGUCUCCUGUGGCACCCUGUGUUAAGACCCCUGUCCCUGGACCCACCGAAGAAAGCAGAAGUCCUGUCGAGCCACAGGACUGUGAGUCACACUGCAGACCUGCGCGUGGCAGUUACAGAAUCAGCCUGAAGAAGUUCUGCAGGAAAGACUAUGCGGUGCAGGUGGCAGUGGGUGCGCGCGGCGAGGCCCGCGGCGCGUGGACACGCUUUCCAGUAGCAGUGCUCGCGGUGUUCCGCAGUGGCGAGGAGCGCGCUCGGCGCGGGAGCAGCGCGCUGUGGGUACCAACCCUAGACGCGGCCUGCGGAUGCCCGCGCCUCCAGCCCGGCCGGCGUUACUUGCUGCUGGGAGGCGGGCCCGGGGCUGCAGCUGGGAGCACAGCGGGCCGGGGACCCGGGCUCAGCGCUGCCCGUGGAAGCCUCGUGCUGCCUUGGAGAGAUGCUUGGACUCGGCGCCUGAGGAGGCUGCAGAGGCGAGAGCGGCGGGGGCGCUGCGGGACCGCUUGAACCUGCUAGCUGGGCGUGGACUGGGCGGACGCUGCCUUCUAAGUCACUGGGCGCGUUCAACAGUGCACUAGCCUGCUGCAAGUGUCACGUGUACCGCCAUCUAAUUUCCCCCUCCCCCUCCCUCCCUUGAAACGUCUUUGGCGACACCUCGCCCUCAACUUAGAUGAGUGUGAAGGCCCCUAAGAGCUACCUGAAGGCUCCUAGGGCAGCCGUCACCCUCAGAGGACCCUGAUCUCAUCACCC